AUGGCGCGGGCCGAGAGCGCGCCGAGGUCGCGGGGCCGCGCACGCCGGACGGGGCGGGGCCUGAGGGGCCGGGUUCGCAAACUGAGAGGUGCGGGACGCUGGGGAGUGAGCUGGCCCGGGACUCGCCGACCCGCAGCACGCGGGGUGUCUUCGCUGUUCUGCCCCGGGCAAGGAGCACUGCUUUGCGAGCUGAGAGAGCGCUGCGGGGGAGAGGAGCGGCCAGACGAGGAGUCCCGCGUCCGAAGUCCGGAUCGGAAGCAUGCGGAGGAUUCGGCCCUUAGAAGAUGCAGGGCGGGCGUUACCUGCUGA